AUACACCGGUCCACAUACGUGCAUCACAUACGAGGCCGUCAAUCAAGCGUAUUUGGACGCCCGGAAGAGAAUCCACGUUUCCCAACCGCACGGCGAUUACAAGCCUGAAGAUGUUGCCACAGUCGGUGAACUACUUUUGGAUGUGUCCAUCAACCUCGCAAGAACUUACGGUUUGUCGUACGAGGAUAUUGAGAAGGGUCUUCCUUUGAUCGAUACCACAAAGACUUUGAUCAGAGAGGUGUGUCCUCCGUUCUUGUCCAACGUAGAGUGCAGGGCUGGAAAGUACAGGCGUUUGGAUGGACUCUGCACGAACUUGGAACAUCCCACUUGGGGAGCCACCAACACUCCAUUCACCAGAUUGAUCGGGCCAUUGUUCGCCGACGGUAUGACCGCCCCUCGCAUCAGUGUAACUGGAAAGGCUUUGCCACCAUCCAGAGUGGUCUCCCGCACGAUGCAUCCAGAUGAAGGAUUCCACGAUCACGCCGGUACAGUAAUGGUCAUCGCUUGGGGACAAUUCAUGGAUCACGACUACACACUCACCGGAACCCCACUUGAUCCGCACAACAGGAACGAUCCCGAAGAGUGCUGCAACAGGCCACCACAUCUCAAGCAUCCGUACUGUAACGAAAUCGAAAUCCCCGAAGACGAUUACUUCUUCAGGUUGUUCGGUGUACGUUGCAUGGACUUCGUCAGAGCUUUCCCAGGAGUGCGUCCCGGCUGCAGAUUGGGAUCCCGCAAUCCAUUCAACACCCUCACCGGUGUCCUCGAUGGUAACACCGUUUACGGUGUGACAGAGAAGUUCUCGAGGAAACUGCGUGCCGGAUACGGAGGACAAUUGCGCAUGAACCCCAUCUUCCAGGAGUUCGGAUUGAAGGAUCUGCUUCCACUGAAAUUGGACAUCCCUGAUGAAGGUUGCACCCGUCACAACGCUUCCAUGUUCUGCUUCGAAGCCGGAGAGAUCCGUGUCAACGAGCAAUUGGUUCUCACCUGCAUGCACACCCUGAUGGCCCGUGAACACAACAGAUUGGCCGAAGGUUUAGCUCAUGUCAAUCCUCAUUGGGACGAUGAAACCCUCUUCCAGGAAGCCAGACGCAUCGUCAUCGCCCAGAUCCAGCACAUCACCUAUAACGAAUUCCUUCCCAUCCUCCUCGGCAAAGACGUUAUGCAGAAGUUUGGAAUCUUGUUACAAAAAGACGGAUUCUGGAAUGGGUAUGAUUCCAACGUGAACCCCAACGUAAUCGACGCUUUCGCCGCCGCCGCCUACCGUUUCGGACACUCUCUUCUGCCCACAGCCGUUGAAAGAUGGAGCAAGGCCCAUAAAUUCAUCGCUUCUAAACGUUUAUCGGAUUUGAUCCGUAGACCAUUCGAUUUGUACCGCGCCGGAGUCAUCGACGAAUACUUCAUGGGUCUCAUGAAUCAAGUGGCACAAGCCAUGGACGAUUCCAUCACCCAGGAGGUAACAAACCAUUUGUUCAAGAAAGUAGGAGCUCGUCACGGUAUGGAUUUGGUCAGCUUCAACAUGCAGAGAGGUCGUGAAUUCGGUAUUCCCGGAUACAUGGAGUUCAGGAAAUUCUGCGGCCUCCCCGGCGCCGACACCUUCGACGAACUCUUCGGAUCCAUGCCCAACGAAACCGUCAGAAGAUACACCAGCAUUUUCGAACAUCCAAGCGACGUUGAUUUGUGGUCCGGCGGUGUCUCCGAAAAACCAUUACCUGGCAGCAUGUUGGGACCGACCUUCGCUUGCAUCAUCGCCACCCAAUUCAGCUACUCCAGAAGGGGAGACAGAUUCUGGUACGAAUUGCCAAACCAACCAUCGUCCUUCAGCCCAGAGCAACUGCAGGAAGUCCGCAAAACUAGAAUGGCUAGGGUGAUCUGCGACAAUACCGAUCUUAUCGAUACGAUACAACUGUACCCAAUGGUCCUUCCUGAUCACGAGAUUAACCCAAGAGUACCUUGCAAGAGCGGAGUGUUACCGAGCAUAGAUCUGAGCAAAUGGGCCGAAUUCCCAUCCGACCAUCAGGGAUUCCAGCACGGCGCCAACUUCGGUUUCGAUAUUGGAAAGAAAUAGGAUGUUUUUGAACGAGAAGAAAUCUUAAGAAAAUACAUUUAUUUUUUUAUUAUUGUUUUAUGUACAGAUGCCAUUUAAAUUAUUAUUAUUAUUACGACUAUAUGGAAAUAUAUAAAUAUAUAGGCGAACGCGAUUCACUAUACCAGGAAGUGAAAGGAAUUCAUCGCGGUAGACACUAAGAUUGCAUCCUCCCUUCUAUAUCUAUAUCUCUCUCUCAAUCUCAUACAUCUUACUCUUUAAUAUAACAUUACAUUACAUUUUUUUUUUUGUUUAUACUAGCACCAUAGUUUUCAUUCGCAAAAUACAUGAUAAGUGAAAUAAUGAAAUAACGCAGAGAAAGCCUCUCUACCUCAAAAGAACUAAAAGAAUGAAGUUUAAGUAAAGAAAAAAAAAACAAUAUAUAAACACUCGUAUAUACACUAUAUAUAUAAUUAUACUUACGAUAUAUAGCAGAAGCAAUAGGAACGGUCUAAAUUGUUAUUUAAGUUCUUGCAAAAUCGAUUCACACCCACUUAGUCUGUAUUUAUUUAGUACUUAAUUCUGU